AUGAAGACAUCAGAACUGAUCGAUUAUAGUAUGCAAGCGCUUCCAUCGCAACCGGAGUCAUUGUUGUUGUUGGAAACCACAAGCGAAGAUGGUAAAGGAUCCUCGACUAUCCAUCUCAACAUCGGUCUUCAGAAUGGUUGUUUGCUGCGUACCACUGUUGAUAACGUUACUGGAGAUAUGAUGGAUACCAGGACUAGAUAUUUGGGUACUAGACCUGUCAGAGUGUUCCGUGUUCGAAGCCAGAACAAAGACGCUGUUCUCUGCACAUCAUCAAGAUCGUGGCUACUGUACCACUAUCAGAAUCGUUUCCAUUUGACGCCGUUGAGCUAUGUGACAUUAGAAUCUGCGUCGAGUUUCAGCUCAGAACAGUGUUUGGAAGGCAUUGUUGCGAUUGCGGAAAAUACUUUGAGGAUUAUGGCGGUUGAGAAACUUGGUGCUUCUUUCAAUCACAUUAGCUAUCCGUUGAAAUUCACCCCUCGACGGAUGAUUGUGCAUCCACUGGCAACGUGCCUCAUGAUGAUCGAAACCGAUCACGCAGCCUACACUACUGUGACUUUAGACAAGAAAAGAAAUGAUAUGGCCGAUGACAUUGUGCGUCUAGCUACUGACAUGGAGGAGGUGGAAUUGGCAAAAGAGAUUGCUGAUACAUUGCGAAAUAACAAGCCGGAUGAAACUGUGUAUGGAGCCGCAAAGGCUGCUCCUGGGAAAUGGGCUUCUGUCGUUCGUCUGCUGAAUAUCAAGACUGGAGAAAAUGUCUCUACUUUUGAACUGCCACAGGAUGAAGCUGCAAAAUGGUGA